AAUGACAGUCGAGUUAUUAUUAAUACACGCAUCGUACAUCGAUGUUGAGUAUAGCAUAACAUGCGUCAACCUUGUGCGAAUGGCGAUGUUGUAUCUGCCUUUCGUGAAAGUUAUUCUAUCGGUGGCAGCCGUAGACUGUGCACGUUUCUUCGACAUAGUGUGGCAAAAUGUGGCGGAAUCGCCGUAAGACAAGAGGAUUAAAAAGAUGGGUGGAAGGAGAGGAUACGUUGAAGAGCACUCUCGUCGCUGGAGCAGCGGAACUGAUUGGUACAUCCAUCUUGGUGUUUGUGGGAUGCAUGGGUUGUGUAGCGAGCCUCGGCGUCGUGCCUCCUCAUUUACAGAUAACGCUAACCUUCGGUUUAGCGGUUAUGGUGGUAAUCCAGUGUGUCGGCCACAUCAGUCAGGCUCAUGUUAAUCCAGCAAUCACCGUGGGAGCUGUCGUUCUUGGGAAAAAAACUAUUCCCCAGGCCUUAGUUUACCUUAUUUCUCAAUUGAUAGGUGCCAUUAUGGGUUAUGGUAUGCUCAAGGUGGUAACCCCGGGGAAUCGUUUAACGUCCGGUACAGUCGAACAGUCGAAUCUGUUUUGCGUGACCGAUCUGCACACCGAAGUGUCCGCGAUGCAGGGUCUGCUCCUCGAAGGAAUCGCCACCGGCAUUCUGAUGCUGGUAUUCUGCUCCGUGACAGACCCGAGAAACGAGAGGAACACGGAUUCGAUACCGAUCAAGUUCGGUCUUACGGUGACCGUGUUGGCGACCGCAACCGGGCCCUAUACCGGUGCCAGCAUGAACCCGGUAAGAUCGUUCGCGCCCGCGAUGUGGAAUAAUGAAUGGACGCAUCAGUGGCUCUACUGGUUCGGACCGAUCGGCGGAGCCCUAAUCGCCUCGUUCGCAUACAGAACUAUCUUUGGCGUUCCCGAAAAAAUUCCCGAUGAUGAAGAGCCCACCGCCGAAGCGGUUGCGCUCAACAGCGUGGACAUCCACAAAACCGAGCAGUCCUAAUUUCGGUGGCGAAACGGACAUAAUCAAAGUAACAGGCGGUAAAAAGAAGCUGAAACUCGGUCAACAUUUUCUCAACACGAAGAAAAAUUUCAAAAAUUUCUCUUGAUGAAGACAGGUACUCCAAAACGCACGGAUUCAAAUAGUCAGAAUCAUGAAAGGAGCUUCAAUCGGAAGAUAUUGUACUCGGAAUCUCCUCAGGAUCAUCGUCAACAUAAAAUGACGUAGCCAUCAUCACGUGCGUAUCCUCGUGAAACCGCAAAUCACGCCGUUUUUAUGUUAAUUUUACAAACGCGAUUGUGUUUUAUCAUCAUUGUUAUCUUUUUUCAAUGACCCAGUUUAAAUUGCAAUCGAUAAAUCAAACUCUCGGGUUCUUUUAUCGAAUUUAAAUAUCUAAUUAAAUGCUUGCCCAUGUUUAAUGAAAGAUUAUCCUGAUAAAACUCACGCGCAAAAGCAUCUCGAUCGUCACAAUCGUCGAGAGACUCGUAAUCUUGUCAUUAAACGUCAAAUGAAAUGUAAAAUUAAUUUCGAAUAAACCGUUGUGUGCCACUUUC